AAGGCAAUAUGAAGGUCGCUUUGUCUCUAAUUCUUUGUCUGGCAUUCGCCUUCGUGGUAAAUUCCUUGAGAGAAGAAGACUUAAGCUUUUUGGAGGACGACAUUUUGAGAGAUGAAACUGACAGUAACAAACGUUUUCUUUUCAAAAAGAGGUGUUCCACCGAUGCAGACUGUUCGACUGGUCAGUGCUGUUUCCAAAAAUUCGGUUACACUAAGUGCUUGGCAAGAAAGGGAGAGGGCAGGAUCUGUCAUCCUUCCUCUAAAUGCUUUUGGAAAUGCCAAGAAGGACUGGAAUGUCAACGGAGUUUUGGAAUUGGUAGUUUUGCUGUCUACAAAUGUGCUCAGCCGACGGAGCCCGGCUCAAGUGAUAUCGAUAUGUAGAUUGACAAC